AUGGCUGACAGAACGGACGGCUUCUUGCAUGUUGGUCCCCCACGAGAUCUCGAAAAACAAUACUGUCCCCCAUUGGACCCGGCAUUAUUUAGCGCAAUCGUCUCCGAUUUUGAUUUGGCGGACCCCGAAAACGUGAAGCAGCUCCAUGACACGCUUGAUGCCUUGAAGGUCACCGCCGAAGAGCAGCAGGAUCUCCCCUUCGACCCGUCCGGCACGGGUGGUCUGGGAGUCGCUGGAGUGUUGGAUCCAGAUGGCAUCUCUGAGCCCAGCACGUCGCGAAAUGACACGUUAGGAUCGCGGGAGACAGACAUCACGAGUUUGAAGUCUGAUCUUUCUUCUUUGGGCAUCGAGCAGAAGGACACGAAGAAAGGAACGAACAAUGACCGUCGAUCGUCACCGCACGGCCAGGCUUCAUACAUUGUCGGUUCCAACGGGUCACUAAGUCUGACCGGCAUGACGGUGGAGGAGAAGACCGCCUAUUUGACGGAAAUGUUCCCAUCAGUGGACGCCUUCACUAUCAAACAUACGCUCACAAAGUGCGAUAACGAUGUCGACCGGUCAAUGGACGUUCUCCUCAACCUGGCCUUCUUCGAGGAACAGGGUCCCACAGACGAUGGACUCAAGGUCUCCAUUCCGAAAGGUAUUGACGGCUUUGCUGAGGGAUCUUCUGGCGUCAAUGGGAAAAAGAAGGGGAAAAACAGAAAGACCAAAGUUAAUAAUGCUCUCACCAGUCCGUCCAGCCCUGAUUCAGUAGUGGCAUCCCCCCAGUCCGAAACCGUUGUGGCCAAUAAGUGGGAUGCUGGCAAGAAGGAUGUGGAAUUCAUAUGCUCGAGAACCUUCCCGGUCCUGCAGAAGGAGACUGUCGCGUCUGCGUACCACUCGAAUGGUGCGUCACUGUCCGCCACUAUUCAUUUCCUAGCGACAUCUCAUGCACCCAAGGAUGACGCCUCGAGAAGUGACGAUCCUGUCACAGUGGCCCAAGUCGCGGAGCUCGCGCAAGAGUUCCCCACUAUCCCGGCUACGACCUUGGAAGGACUGCUCAAAAUCACGAGGAACUCGAUUUCUGCUGCCAACGAGCUGGCCGCUGCAAUGACAGUCCAGCCCUCAGCACCUCAAUUAUCGGAUCUCAUCCGUAUCAAUGCACCGUCUCCGGUUACCGAACAGCAGGAGAAGUCGGUUACUGUCAAACCUCCUGCUAGUCCGAGAAUUGCUUCCGACUACGAUAGCGCCCAGAGUGCUGCCAGAGCUCAUCUUACCGCUGGUGCUGAUGCGUUCGCAAAGGCAUCUGCGGCGUAUCGCCGAAGCAAAUCGGACCGCCUGAUGGGUGGUGCCGCGGCAUAUUACUCCGCGGUUGGGCGAGAUCACAUCGAAAAGGCGAAGAGAGAAGCAUCUGCUGCAGCAGAUGCCCUGGUCGAUUCACAGUCGACCUCCGAUGUUCUUGAUCUGCACGGUGUCUCUGUGCAAGAUGCUGUCCGAAUCGCAAGUGCCCGAGUCUCCCAAUGGUGGGAUUCUCUAGGAGAUUCCAAGUAUGGGCCGGGAGGCGGAGCAGCUCGAUACCCUUACAGAAUUGUCACUGGAGUUGGACGACACAGUCGAGACGGGACGUCGCGACUGGGACCGGCUGUCGGCAAGAUGCUGGCAAGAGAGGGAUGGAGAGUAGAGGUUGGCGAAGUUUUGGUUGUGAUUUUGGUUCCAUCUACUCUACGUUCAUAUCACACCCUGCAUGAAAGAAUGGGCACAUCCUCUGCAAUAGGGAUAAGGUCUAAUCAUACCACUUCUGCUUGCUUGUGGCUGAGAUGGCGAUGCUUCAAAGUGAUUUCAAACGCUUCAAACGCAAAUCCCACUUGUCGAGCCCCUCCGCCUUUAGCUAUACCAGCGCUCUCUCCACUUGAAGAUACAAACCAGCCGUCACCCAUCCCCAUGUUUUAUUUCCAGCGACUCCGGCUUAAUCCUCUCCGUCAACAACUCUCUCACCGUACCACAGUAGUUCAACUGAUAUCGUCUCCGACACAGACGUCAUCGAUAAGACGAACUAUUUCCACCAAUUCUGCCUGCGCUAAUACUUCUGUGACGAGAACGGCGGCUGCGCGAUCGUUGCAGAAUCACCGACAACUCAGAAGUCGCCUGCCUACUACCGCCACAGUUCUGAAAUCCGCAUCUUUCAUAUCGUUUUUGGGAUCGCUCUUCAGUUCCAGCGUCCGCGCCGAAGACGACAAUAUGUCUUAUCCGGAUAAGAGAACCGAGGACGAGUGGAGGGCGGUGCUCAGCCCAGAGCAAUUCCGGGUCCUCCGUCAAAAAGGGACUGAGCCUGCGUUCACCGGUCAAUACGACAAGCACUAUCCAUCCAAGGGCAUCUACACCUGCGCCGGCUGCGAUGCCCCGCUCUAUAAGGCCGCGCACAAGUUCAAUUCCGGCUGCGGCUGGCCCGCAUACUUUGACUCUAUCCCUGGGGCGGUUACCAGACACGUCGACCGGUCCUUCGGCAUGGAGCGCACCGAGAUUGUCUGCAGCAAUUGUGGCGGACAUCUGGGACAUGUCUUCCAGGGCGAAGGAUUCCCGACGCCGACGGACGAGAGACACUGCGUGAACAGCAUCAGCUUGAAAUUCACCGAGGACGAGUCGAGAGUGCCGUCAAACGACGGGGAAAAGCAACGGGAGAAGGCGAAGGCGUGA